ACCAGUCUACAGCAAUACUGCCCUCAACUCUUGUCAAAAGCCGGUCUGUUCCCAGUAUCGAAAAUGUCACAGCACAUUCUCUUGUGCUACUACACAGUAAAUUAAAGUGCAUUUAUUUUCCGUCGUCUAACCAUAUUUAGCCUGGAUUACCAGUAUUGAUUAUCGGUCAGUUAUUGAUCAAGCACAUCUCAUCGGGAUUGUUUGCACCUACAGAUGUUUCGUCCAUUUUAAUGCAAGAUGCAUGCUGAUGCUCGGAAGUGGCUGCUCGACUGCGUGUUACUCGUCCUUUUAACCUCCUCCACCUACUGAAAAUAACCGUAAACAGCUGAAAAUCGUUGAUAUUUUGGGGUGAAGAAUGACUGAAUAUAAACUUGUGGUUGUGGGGGCUGGAGGUGUGGGCAAGAGCGCUCUCACGAUCCAACUCAUCCAGAACCACUUCGUGGACGAAUACGACCCAACCAUAGAGGACUCCUACAGGAAGCAGGUGGUGAUUGACGGAGAGACGUGUCUCCUGGACAUCUUGGACACUGCAGGUCAGGAGGAGUACAGCGCCAUGAGGGACCAGUACAUGAGGACAGGAGAGGGCUUCCUCUGUGUCUUCGCCAUCAAUAACACCAAGUCCUUUGAGGACAUUCACCACUACCGAGAGCAGAUAAAGCGAGUAAAGGACUCGGAGGAUGUCCCCAUGGUCCUGGUGGGGAAUAAGUGUGAUCUUCCUUCCCGCAGUGUGGACACCAAGCAGGCUCAGGAUUUAGCACGGAGCUACGGCAUCCCAUUUAUAGAGACCUCAGCAAAGACGAGACAGAGAGUGGAAGAUGCCUUUUAUACUCUGGUACGGGAGAUCAGGCAAUACCGGCUGAGAAAACUCAGUAAAGAAGAGGAGACGACUCAAUGCAUCAAGCUUAAAAAGUGUGUUUUGAUGUGAGCGGGGGCGUGGACGACGCAUUUUAUACUCUAGUCCGAGAAAUCCGGAAGCACAAGGAGAAGAUGAGCAAGGAGGGCAAGAAGAAAAAGAAGAAAUCCAAAACAAAAUGUGUUUUAAUGUGAACAAGCCUUUCCUGUCAUUAUAGACUUGGAAAAAGAAAAAGAAAAAAGUUUCACAACUGCAUUUUGUACAUUACACUAAAUUAUUAGCCUGCUCAGAAUACAGAAUGGAUCCUUAUU